CUCGCGCUCGCGGAGUUGGAUGAAACCAAAGCAACCUUCCGUCGCUGACACCUCACCUCCCACUGCUAUCACCUUCACGCCCACCACCACCACCCCCCCGGAGGACGCCACCCACGCACGCUCACCCAAGGACACUCUGGCAUCAAGCACACCUCAUACCGAUUUGCUCCCGCGGAAACGGCGCCACAGCGCAGGACAAGUACUCUAGUACCCGGGCUGCCCCAUCCCAGGAUUGGGAGAGCGCUGCUGGAGCUUCGCGCCGACCGGGCUGUUUGGCACCUCUUGUGCUGCUACCGCCUCACCUGCGUGUGCUGUCAGGCUUCAACGAGGCUUCGGAUGAAAUCCGCGCCUGUUUCGAUAUAUGCACUUGGGUCUUGCAAGGGUGUGCCUAGCACGUCUCCCUUGAGACACCCGCCUGAUCUCAUCACUCUCAAAACAGGACAUUAUUCAUUACAGUACCUACUCUGUUGUCCACCACGGACUCGCAUGUCUGACGUGCAGGCCUUUCUCAGAUAUACACAUCAGGCUUCAUUUCUUCCGACAGGCCUGCUUCGCAUUGCCCCCCAGUUGGCACAAAGCUACUUGUGAAGCGAACCUACUACCUCCAUGCUGGAAACUCAUUUUGAAACUGCACGAACCUUUGUAUAGUUCUACUGUACAUACCACCUCCCGGACUCCGAUCGUUUUUGUGUGGCCGAUCGCAUUAUUGAAGCAACCAUCCCUAAUAUCCAUCUUACCGCUCAUCGACAUACGGCCUUCUCUACUACGACCCUGCUAAACAUCACAACGAAUCGAGCAAGCCCCAGCGGGUAUAUCGACCUCGACGAGUAGGCCCAGGACGAGUCUGCAUAAAGCUGAUCGAUCCGAAGAGAGACAGGGACGGUUUACAUGUUCGCACCCCGAUCCUCGCACAAGACACCACUCCUCUCAAGCGGGAGUCCAUCAACCUCAAGCUGGCGUCCACACGGGAGAACGCCAGGCGAUUUCUCAAAUCUGUCAUCUCGACUACGCCAGCGAGCACCACUCAGUCAGAACAGAAGAAGGAUAACUCGUGGAAGAGGCGCUCGUGGUCGCCUGCGAACCGCUCCAACAGCCAGCAGUCGAGCGAGGCUGGUGUGGGAACGGGCGAAGCACUUGGGAGCCUCACGGGUGCGGCUCGUCCGGCAGAAGGAGUCCCAGGCACACAACCAGCAGAGAGUGGCGCAGGUACCGUCUUGCCGACGUCUGCCAUGCGAAGCAAUUUCCGACAUUCGAUAGGCGGUCCCGUCAAUGCUCAUCUGCAGCGGUCUCGGAUGAGUAGCUCGGCACAGAAUGGCUCGACGCCCUCGUUACAGUCUUUCUCCAGCAGCGGCCACGAUUCCACAUCCUCGCCUCGAGUGCGGUCGACCAACAUUGGCAAUACCGUCAUUCCGAACCUCAACCUCGAUGACGAAAAGCCCAUUGCAUCGGGUAAUGGUGUGGCUGUGGGCAUCCAUCUGGCAGAGCCCGUGCUGUUCUUGCAAGGCUUCGAGAACUCCGAUAACCAGCCGGGCAACACUGCGAUGCUCAGAGGUGGUCUUCAUUUGCGCGUGUCUAAAAGUGCCAAGAUCAAAGGCAUCACUCUCAAGUUCAAAGGCACUGCGAUCACGAAAUGGCCCGAGGGCAUUCCGCCCAAGAAGGUCGAGUUUGAAGAGCGAGACACCAUCAUGUCGCAUACGUGGCCCUUCUUCAAUGCUCAAUUUGAGAAUGCGGAAAAAGGCACGAACGCGGACCAUGUACAGCUGUUCAAGGACACUGCCUCGACAGUCACGCGAUUGGAUCCUCUGGGACGUUCUGCCGAAAACCAUUCCUCGCUGACGUUGAACUCGCGCGAGGCCAAGAAACUGGCACUUUCCGUGAAUCAGUCGCGAAGUUUUGGCAAAGGGGAGACUCCUGGUGGCCCUACCGUCGCAACCAAAGGAUACCGGACGUUCCUCCCAGGUGACUAUGUCUACAACUUUGAGAUGCCCAUCGACAGCCGGCUGCCCGAGACCAUCGACGUCGAGCUGGGGACGGUGAAGUACGAACUAGAGGCGGUCAUUGAACGUGCUGGGGCGUUUCGAUCCAACCUGGUCGGCAACAAGGAAGUCACAAUCAUCCGAGCUCCCGCUGAAGGCUCUCUGGAAUGUGUCGAGCCCAUCGCCAUCAGCCGGAAUUGGGAAGAUCAGCUACAUUAUGAUAUUGUCAUUUCGGGAAAGAGCUUUCCAUUGGGCACGCAGGUCCCCAUCGCGUUCAAGCUGACGCCGCUGGCGAAGGUGCAAUGUCAUCGCAUCAAAGUUCUCGUGACCGAGAACAUAGAGUACUUUUGCUCCAAUAAGCGCGUUCACCGCAUGGAGCCCACGCGCAAAGUACAACUGUUCGAGAAGCGUGCUGAUAGCGCGCCCACAAGCACCUUUCCAGGCAGCACCAUGCGCGUGACAUCGGGAGGCGGCAUCCCGCACAACCAACGAGCGGCAGCGGCACGUGGCGAAGACGUGACCCCAAUCGACAACACCAACCUGCUCGGAAACCUCGACACUGAUGCGGCGAUUGGGCCGACCGAGAUGGAGUUCAACGUGCAAUUGCCGAGUUGUCACACGAUGAAGGAGCGAGAUCGGACGCAGCGAUUACACUUUGACACCACCUACCAGAACAUCCAGGUGCAUCACUGGAUCAAGAUCGUCAUGCGCUUGUCCAAGCCCGAUGUGAAUGAUCCCACGAAGCGGAGACACUUUGAGAUUUCCAUCGAUUCUCCCUUCCAUAUCCUCUCGUGUCGCGCCACGCAGCAGAACACUUCCCUCCCGGCAUAUACUUCUCCGGAAUCGGGGCCGCUGAGCACCACGCUGACCGAGUGCGGCUGUCCUGGCGCAGCGCAGCGAAGGAACUCGCCGCCCAACCUUGCGCUCCAUGCACUCAAUACACAGCAGUUUUCGCUUCGAAACUCGUUAGAUUCCAUGUCUCCCGGUCUGACGAGACCGCCGACGGUCCACGCGCGCGAUGCGCACAUCGGGCGACCGCAAACGAUUGAUCGUCCCAUUCACUUGCUGCGAGCGCCCUCGUUCAAUCCGCCUCCCUUCUCGGAAGAAGAACCUCCACCACCUCUGAUCACGCCGCCGCCGCAGUACGACAGCAUCGCCAGUCCCACUUCCGGACUUGCCGAUUACUUUGCUCGUCUGGGCGACGCAUACGAUGACGAUGACAGCAGCGGCGAGGACGACUCCCGCCCUGGGCGCGUGAAUGUGCCUCUGACGCCUGGUGGGCGUAUCAAUCGAUCGGUGGACCUGGGCAGGGGCUGGAAUCCAUUGGCAACACAAAUGCCGCUAGCCUUGCCGAGACGUCGGAUGCUGUAGCUGUCAUUGUGCGUCUUUGUCUCACAGGGAGAAAAGACGCGAUUUAUUGGGCGAUUUUGUUUUUCUCGCAGGGGCUAUUAGAAAAUUUUUGCAGCGUUGAAGCAUGUCAUUUUUGGGAGAAUUCUUUUCUUCUUUCCCUUCAUAUCAGAUUAUCGUCGAGUCGGAUAAAUGGGAGAUUCCGAGCCAGCAUUUUGCAUGCAUUUCCCGACAAAGGAGGGGGGAAUCAAUAUCAUGUUUUUUUUUCUCUUAUUCCAUCUCUAUCAUCGUUGCUAUUUUAUUAUUUUAAACAUGAAUAAUAUCUUACG